AUGGCUCAAGAUCAAGAAGCUGAUAUUGACAACAAAGACGUAGUACUGGCUGAGCCAGGUUCACACCCCUUUCCUGACGCGGACCCAUCGAAGAUCGAUGCUGGUUAUAAUCUCACGGGAGAAGCUGGUGUGGAUCAUGAUGCUCUGAGGAUAAUCAAGUUACCCCAAAGUAAAUGGGUCAGGAGAUACCGAGGUGUAGUUUUCCAAAUGAUCGUUUUGGCGCUGCUGGCGUUCUCUGGUCCUUCGAUGAGUAAUGCUAUCAGUGGUCUCGGUGGUGGUGGUCUCGCCACACCUUAUACGGCGAAUGCAGCGUCAGCAACUCAGUACAGCGUCUCGACGGUCAUAGCAAUGCUUGGUGGACCUCUUGUUGGUAUCCUCGGUAUACCUGUCUGCUGUCUUAUCGGAUUAUACGGUGUCACAUCCGCCUUUCUCUAUGAGAAAUGUUUGCUCUAUCAUUGGAGCGCUAUCAGUCUUGCUUUAAACAUCAAUAAAAGCGGAGGAGGUGGUGUAUCUGUAGAGACGUAUCUUGCGUUCUUGGGUAUGGAAUGUCUUGGUGUCCCCUUCGCCUUCUUGUUGUCACCUACGAGAAAGGUAAUUCGAGAUGACGGUUACGGUGUACCCGUCCUGCCAAAAAAGUCUUGGAAGAAGGAAUUGAAGCUACUUUGGGAGCAUCACAAACAGCCAAGGACCCUCCUUCUUAUUCCAAUAUUCAUCCUUACUUAUUUCGGAGACGGAGUAUGGGGCACGUACAUGUCCCUGCACUUCAGUGUUCGAGGCAGAGCUCUGUCUACCCUGGUGAAUUCGCUAGGCGCCGUAGUCGUUAAUCUGGCUUUUUCGAGAAUAUUGGACACGAAGAGAUUUGGUCCUAGGCGAAAGGCCAAUCUGGCUUUCUGGACUUUCACCAUCCCCGCUCUAGCGAUGUUAAUCUGGGUGAUGAUCAACUUGCACUGGUUUGGAACGAAACCUGCUUCUCUGAGACUGGACUACGGCUCAACUCCGGGUAGAUUCGUCAGCGCUUGGUUCCCUCAUUUCAUUUAUGCCACAAUGUCCUGGGCGUCUCAAACACUUGUUUAUUGGGUACUCGGUCAAUUUGCUUCAGAUAUGACGACAAACGCGAGAACCGGAGGUGUUUUUAGAUCAUGGGAGACCGUAGGACAAGCCGUGUCAUAUGGGAUCAAUGCCCACUCAGGUAACAAAUACGUGCCAUUCGGUAUCUACUUCGGCUUAUACGUCAUCUCGAUGCCCUUGUUCUGGAUCGUGCUUCAGACUCUUCCUACCGAAACCAAAAGACCCAACAUCCAAGAUGAGAAUGGUCAGAUCGUUGAAAUGCCAGAGCCAACAAAGUAG